AUUAUACUAAGAACACAAUAUUGUUUUGCAUUUGAAUCUCAGCUUCGUGUGAUAAAGUGCACAUUAAACUAGUGUCCCCAAAUAGAAAUCCAUCUCCAUUCACUGCACUUUUCCAUCUCGGUUAUAUUGCACACCUUUCAACACGACACAUUUUCAUCAAGCAGACACAACUCCCUUUGAAUUAAAGGCCUAAACCUAUUUGGCACCUCCCAUUUUAGAAGAGCUUUGCAAAAAGGGACCAGAAGAAGUUACCCAGUCAGUGAACGUCCAAACAAAGCAACACACUUAUAGACAGUUUGCAAGUUGAGCAGAACCCUGCUUUGGAGGCAAGUGAGUUUAUAUGUGAGAUGAUUUGGGCAUCGGUGCCUGGUGAUUUUGUCUAAUGGUUGACUUCUGAGUGAACUUGUCAUGCACACAACGCUUGAACAGCUCCAACAGAAUUACAUUUUUCGAGUCAUCUCGACCUUUAACUGUGUUGCCUCUCUCUUGCAAACUCCACCAGACUGAGAUCUUUUUCGGUGUCUGAAAUUGUUGUUGACAGCCUGUGGCAAGCACUUCAUCAUCAAAACAAAGAAUGGCCUCCUGCGCAGCUUUGUAAUCCGAACUUUGAUCGACAGAUGAAGCAUUAAAAAGUAUAAAACAGUCAUUCAACUCUUUCCAAUUAAAAGAAUCAGUACUGUCAUUUUCUGUUUGACAGCCUCUACAAAUGAAGCCUUGUUAACAAGCUUAAAAUAGUGACCAGAAAAUUACGUAUUGCAGUAUGUUUAGUUUUUGAUCCCAGACUCUAGCCACUAAUUAAAAUAAGAAUUGCCUUUAGCUGUAUAUGUCAUGCAUACACACAGCCACAAAACUUUACCUCUGAAUUCGACCCAUCACAGCAGUAAAAACCGCACACACAGUUAGUGCCACACACUGAAGUGGGAGGAGAAGUUCGGGGUAUCACUGCCUUGCUCAAGGACACCGCAGUCGCGUUUCACCAGCAGUGUUGUGGGUGGAUUGUUUUGAACAAGUGUCGACACGGAGGCAAGCAAUCUAAUCUACUUGGCCACCACUGCCCAAUUGUUUCCCAAGACAAAUUGUUAUGUUAUAUGGACCAAAACUCUGAAUUGAUCAGCUGAAAGGUUUGCUUAAAAUUAGUUGGGAGAAUAAAAACAAAACAACAACAGCCCACUAUUCUUUCAUAGCCUGGUACUAUGAGUUAGCAUCCCUGAUUGAGCGUAAACUAAUGAUGACCAAUGAGUUUACUGUUAUUUUUUAUCGUGUUGCAAGUAGUGCCUUCAAGAAAGAACAUUGACUAACCACCUGUAGCACACACGACGCACUCAAAUAAGAGUCAAGCCAUUGUUUUCUCCCAGUACCACCACCUCAUAAAUUCUCCGACAUGACAUUCACUGCUCUGAACUUGAGUGUUAAACCUAAGACUUCGUGGUGCGGAUCUAAAACGAUUGAUUCACAGCUGCUGACUUAAAGUGGCCCAUAAAAUUUGGAAUAUGGACACGCAAAUCAUUCAACUUGACCAUUUUAUAACCAGAGUAUCGCAAGUGCUUUGACAUAGUUGAGCAAGCGAGGCCAGUCCGGUGAUUAUGAAUCAAGGCUGAAAAGUAACCAAGUGAACAUUUCAUCCUGUUGCCAAUAUGAUGUUCACAUAUUGGAAAGCUUUGCAGGCGAGGCUGUGCGUCACGCCACUCUCUAUUAGGUGCUAUUUUGGUCCUACCCUGGAAGACAUUCAUCCAGCAUCUACCCACCCUGACAGCAUCCAAUAAACCCACCACUCCCAUUCAUCUCCACACCCACGACAAACCACCCCCACCCACCUUUUCCUCUCUCUCACUCCCCAUCUCUCGAUCGCUCUCUCUCUUUUUCUCACUCACACACACACACACACACACGUAUUUCCCACUCACACACACACACACACACACGUAUUUCCCACAGAUGUGCGAGGGAUUUGGAGACUUCAAAACACUGUAAGAUAAUCGAGCCUGGACUUUCAACACCAGCGCAAGGUGAAAUAUAACUUCCGUCCAUCAGGCAACUUUGAUACAAUUUUGGAACCUCCUUAUUCCUGCUUUUGGCUGUGGGCAUCAACUCGUUCAUAUUCCUUGAAAGAAAAAGUAGUUUUCUCAAUGAGCACUUGAAGACACGGACCAAGAUGACCAUCCAUGUUGAGGGUAUAGUGGCCAUUGUGGUUUUUUAUCUGGUGAUUCUCUUCGUGGGCAUUUGGGCGGCGUGGAAGAACAAGAAUUCCGGAGUGGGUGAUGGCGGCGACCGGAGCGAGAGGAUCAUGGUCGGUGGCCGGGACAUUGGUUUGUUUGUGGGUGUAUUCACAAUGACCGCUACUUGGGUGGGUGGAGGCUACAUCAAUGGGACAGCUGAGUAUGUCUACUUGCCUGACUAUGGCUUGGCUUGGGCCCAAGCACCCUUCGGCUACGCUCUCAGCCUUGUUCUAGGUGGUCUUUUUUUUGCCAAACCCAUGCGAUCCCGUGGCUAUGUCACAAUGCUGGAUCCUUUCCAACAGCUCUAUGGAAAGAGGAUGGGGGGUCUGCUUUUCAUCCCUGCUGUCAUGGGUGAAAUCUUCUGGUCUGCAGCCAUUUUAUCUGCCUUGGGGGCCACUCUGAGUGUGAUCGUGGACAUAAACAUCAACAUGUCAGUUGUGAUCUCAGCCCUGAUUGCGAUCUUCUACACUCUUGUGGGAGGACUCUACUCUGUUGCUUACACAGACGUAGUUCAACUCUUCUGCAUCUUUGUGGGUUUGUGGAUCAGUGUGCCUUUUGCAUUGUCCAAUCCUGCCGUGUCCGACAUCAGCGUGACAGCCAAGGAGGCAAUCCACCAGUCACCCUGGCUGGGGAAAAUUGACCCUGAAGACAAAUGGCUCUGGGCAGAUAAUUUCUGUUUGCUGAUGUUGGGGGGGAUUCCCUGGCAGGUCUAUUUUCAACGGGUUCUUUCUGCCUCUUCAGCUACCUACGCCCAGGUCCUUUCCUUCCUCGCUGCUUUCGGCUGUUUGGUCAUGGCAGUUCCUUCCAUCCUCAUAGGAGCUAUAGGGGCAUCCACUGACUGGAACCAGACGUCUUAUGGGGCCCUCCCUCCAAAGGAUAAAGACGAAUCCGACAUGAUCCUCCCCAUUGUGCUUCAGCACCUCUGCCCACCUUACAUCUCCUUCUUUGGCCUGGGAGCAGUGUCAGCUGCCGUCAUGUCAUCCGCAGAUUCCUCCAUUCUCUCAGCCAGCUCCAUGUUUGCCAGGAACAUCUAUCAACUUGCAUUUCGUCAGUCGGCUUCGGAUCGGGAGAUUGUCUGGGUGAUGCGUCUCACUAUCUUCGUGUUCGGAGCCCUUGCCACAGCCAUGGCUUUGUUAACGGGAACAGUAUAUGGCCUGUGGUACCUGAGCUCGGACCUGGUCUAUGUCAUAGUCUUUCCCCAACUGCUCAGCGUCCUUUUCGUCAAAGGAACAAAUACCUACGGCUCAGUGGCUGCCUACGUCUUUGGACUUUUGCUCCGAAUUGGUGGAGGCGAACCCUAUUUAAAACUUCCUCCUUUCAUCUAUUACCCUGGAUGGGUGAUCCAGGAGAAGAUUCACCACCUCACCGGUGAUGUCGAGUAUUUUGUCCAGCAGAGGUUCCCAUUCAAGACAGUGGCCAUGGUGGCAUCCUUUUUGGCAAAUGUGGUAUUUUCCUACCUGACAAAGUACAUAUUCGAAAGUGGCACGCUGUCACAUAAGUAUGACUUCUUUGAUGCUGUGGUCUCCAAACACAGCAAGGAGAUCAUGGACAAGGCCACACUGGUGAGCCAUGAUAAUAUCAUCCUCUCAGAGAUGACGCCCGUCAAACAAGCACUCGGUGCAUCCCUCGCAGCGACCUUCACCAACAGAGAGGUCCUAAGCAAUGAUGAAGUGUCAAGUCCUGAGGAGUUUCAAGAUGAAAAUUAGGCAGUCAAUGGCACAACACAAAGAAAACUCACUACUGCCACACUAGGAUUCAAACCAAUAGAGAUCUACGACGGCUUCCACGUGACCCUACAUAUUUUAUUUGAUGCUAAUAAUGUUAGGGUUCCAAAAGUCAAGAAUGUUUCCACGACUAGUUGGAACGCUUCAAAGGUAAGAACUGAGGAAUUGGAUAUUGGAACAAUCUUCUGGGUCUACAAUUCCAAUGGCCAAAUGGCCAAUUUCAGUGUAAAUGAAGGGUGUUGUUUUGCUGUCUGUAAUCCUAUUGUGUGUAGCAGAGAAUAUUCCAUGAAUCAAAAUGUAUUGUGCAAACCGAAUGAUCGGUUUUCUCCUCAUGAGCUCAAGCUUCAAGUGUGGUGGCUACCAAUCAUGAAGGAUCCUUACUUGACUUUGGAACAUUUAAUGCCUCCUCCGUUUGAGUAUUCCAUCCUUCCAACCGGAAAGGUGGCUGUUGACCAAUUGAGUCAAGCAUUGUGUUUUAAGGGAUAUUAAGACUAAGAUUAAGAUAUCCUUUAUUUGUCCCACACUGAGGAAAUAUUCUCACUACAAUCAUAGUUAAGUGCCACUAUUUACAUGAGAUCAAAGGGAAUUUGACAUACUUAUUCUUCUAAUUUAGGUGGUUUUUGAGAAUAGUGCAAUACUAUACCAAGGAAAUGUCUCUUGUCUCUGUGGUGUGUAGACAAAGUGUGUCAGAAAAGUUCCGGGAGCCGUGUCACAAGAGCUAGAUUUCAAACCCAAACUAGUUUUCCUAUUCACCGUGGGCCAGAAGAUGAACCAGCAAGUCUACAAAGAGAUUCCAGGCGAUGCAAGAGUGGUGUCAAGCCAAUUCGUAGCUGCUUCACCACGGCAACGCACCUGCUUACAAUGCCAUCCAAAGGUUCCUGGCUCAGAGGAAUAUCUCCAUGCGGACUUACCUGACGUAGCUCCACGGAAUUUUUAUCUGCCCCCCCCCCCCCCCCCCCCCCCCCAGGCUCAAAGAGCUAGGAGUCAUUAAGGGGACCUGUUUUGAAAAUGUGGGCAGCAUCAAGCUGGCUGUGAUGUCAACUGUGGAGGAUCCCGGACCAAUCCUUCCAAGAGUGGAUGAACACGUGGCAAAGGCUGAGAAUGUGUUUUCGACUCCAUGGAGAUUACUUUGAAGGGGAAAACCAAGAUUGCAAUUUGAAAAUAUAUUUUGUGCCGCCAGUCCUGGAACUUUGAUGACACACGUAUUAUGUGUUUCUGUUGAGCAAGAGUAAAAUACAGUAAUGUGCAAAAGUGACAAGCAGCAUUAAUGUUUUGUUUUAUCAAUUUAAUACAGUAAUGACAACAGUGUAUAGCAUAGCUACAACGUCAAGUGCUUAUAAAAGGGUGAAAAAAGCUGCACGUCACAUUUGUGUUAAUUGUCCACCUGCUUGUUACUUUCAGAUUUGUGGCGUCUGGUGCCUUGGUGAUUCUGACUAUUGAUGACAUUGUUGGACAGAAAUUAAGUAAAUUCCUAUAUCCGUACCUUUCUGCGGAUGCAAUGGUUUCUUCCUUAGCACAUGCGCCGUACCUCUAUUAAGUGCUAUGAAUGUAGAAAUAUGAGUCCGACUUCUCUGCAUAAUCUGGCGAGCAAAGUUGUUCAACAGCAAAAAGAUUGCUGAUAAUUAAGAUAAUUAAAACAACAAUGCUUAGAGGUGGUCUAUAUCUAGCACAGUGCUGUACUUACAAUACGGUGUAUCAACUUGUCCUGAGUUCUAUUUGCAUAGACAAAGAGUAAGUUUAUGAAUAGAGCAAUAAUAUUUUUAGUAUUGGUAUCCAUGUUGUACAGAUAUACCAGUAUGUAAUACUAAACAUAUAAGUUAUAGUAGAUGGAUUUUACUUGUAUUCACAAUUAAGGUCUUAAAACACCAAACAUUACAUUUGCAGUAAAUCCUCAUCCAGACCUCAUGCAAACAAAUCGUAACCAAAGUAUAGUAGAUGGUUGUAUAUGAGAUACAUAUACGCCCCAAAUAAUGUCUAGUGUUCAACUUUUCUGUGAACGAAAUAUAAUGUAUGUUUUCCAAACAUUUCAGUUACGUGUUAACCACUGAAUCUCUAUGACACAAAUGAUGUCUGUAAUCAUCACAUGGUUUGACGUAUGCUACUAAAAUGUUUGUAAAUCCUCGCUAAAUAUCUACAUAUUGAAAAGAAUAGAGCAUCAGAAAGAUUAGUCUUCAUUAUAUGCAGUAUUUCAAUGUUGUAUUGUUGUUUUUUUUUGGGGGGGGGGGUGUUAGGACUCCUUGGAGGCUUGUGUACUUAUAAUUUGCUUAUAAAGCCCGGUUGCCAUAGAUUUGUGGCUAUAUUGAACAGGCCAAUAUAAUACUCUCCAACAACAAAGUUAACGAUGUAUUCAGUCAUACGAUACAAUAAUAUUGCUCAAUGCCCAAUAAAAUACUGCUUUAAUGAAGUGUAGUACAGCAGUCUAACCCCACCAAGCAUUAGGGAUCAAACAGACACACUGACAUUUUGUUUCCAAUUGCAGGGACUGACAGUCAUUUUUAAAAAAGAUGGAUAAAAACAAACAUCAAAGGUUAGGCUAAAAGUUGCAUUAAGGGCCAAAAUCAAAACAACGGGAUGAAAGAAUUGAAAAUUGAUGGGAUGAAGCAUGGAACCUCUUUGCAAUCACAGAGAGAUGAUUUUGUUAGUAACAUUAAAAAAAAGAUUGUGAUUAUGAACUGAUAUGUUGUACUCAAUCAGAAAUGCAUUGAGUGUGUGUGUGCGUGUGUGUGUGUGUGUGUUUGUGUAUAUAUAUACACACACACACACUCUCUCUCUCUAUAAUAACUGUCACUGAUGCUUGACAUUCGUUUGACCAGUCUGUUACUGCAGGUGGUUAGCUGAGAGAGGAAAAAGAUUGUUUGUCCUGUUGAAUUGUUUGUCAGCACUUGUCAUCAUUGAUCCAAACAGCCCAUCAAUUAGUCCUCGGGACACUUGUUUAAUGAUCUGACAAAAAGUCUUGAUCAAGGUGGAUUGUACAAGGUGGAACACACAAUAAUGUGUUGGAUUUACUUUUCUAUUACGAAGCAUCUGUAAUGUUUAAAAAAAAUGUUUUUUUUUUUUUUGUAAAUGCCAUCUGGUUUGUUGGGAGAAGAAUCAAGAAGUUAUUAUUUUGCAAUUGUUCCUGCUGUCAUUGUACGUCGCUUUGGUAUUUGUCUCCUGUGUUGUACUUUGCUGUUGUCUUCUUUGAAUAUUGUGUAGCCACUUUCAUCAGGUGGUAGCAAUGAUUGGGUGAGCAAUGUUACAUCUUUUUGGUAGUAGUAGUCAUAAGUGGUACUGUUGGCACAAUCCCAUCAUGUCUCUGAAAAUUAUAGGAUUGAACGCGCAAGAAAAAUUCGGCUUCUAUUGCUAGUCCUAUGCAAAGUCUGAAAAUGUCAAAAUUCAAGAAACAAAUUGAUUCCAUGUAAAAUGCAACACUGCUGAAUUUUUGUGUAAUGUGUUCUGUACACAGAAAAAUGAAAGUCUUGUGAAGCGCUGCAUAAAAGCUAUGUUUCUCGACGUUGAAUUAGAAAUGAAAAUUUAGCCAUGCACUUUGUAUAAAUGUAAAAUUGUGAGUAUAUGUUGUAGGAUUAAAUAAUUUUGCAGACUCAAAA